AUGUCGUCGGCGAUUUCUCAGCUGUCAUGCUUCUCUUCCAUUAACCGCAGUGUACAGCUCCGAACCAGAUUCUACGCCCGUCCUAACAAGGUAUUUAUUGUCAGAAGUAUUGAUGGACAUGGCACAGAUGCAUCCAACUCAGAGACUAAGACCGCUUCACUUUACACAGCAGAUGACUCAAAAUCACUUAAUGGACGUAUGGAAAAAUCACAUCCCAUUAUACAAGAAAAUGUUGCAGGAGAAGCAAUGAACGCGCACAUACAAGAACAAGUUGUCAGUCAACCGAAAAGGGCAGCAAAGAUUCAUGAUUUUUGUCUUGGGAUUCCCUUUGGUGGGCUUGUUUUGAGUGGAGGGCUUGUUGGUUUUAUUUUUAGCAGAAACCUUGCUACUUUAAGUACUGGCGUUCUCUUUGGGGCUUCUCUAUUGGUCCUCAGCACUGUUAGCAUGAGGGUAUGGAGACAAGGAAAAUCCAGCUUACCGUUCAUACUAGGUCAAGCGGUACUCUCUGCCUCCCUGUUGUGGAAGAAUUUUCAGACCUAUACAUUGACGAGGAAAAUCUUCCCAACAGGCUUUAAUGCUGUCAUCAGUGCUGCAAUGUUGUGCUUCUAUUUUUAUGUGGUGUUAUCUGGAGGUAAUCCUGCACCAAAGAAGAUGAAGCUGCCGACUGCUGCCCCACCAUAA